CCUCUAUAAUUAUUAGAUAUAAUAUGGAAUGCCUGAUUUCGCCAAAUUGUAGCAGUUUAACAGAAAAUAAUGGAGUUAUUGAAGAAUUCAACACUUUUACUACUGUAUUUUUUGUUAAAGUUGCGCUUGUAAGGCUUAUUAAGGAAUUAUUAAUACCACUUAUAACCCCUGUUCUACUGACGGUUAUAUGUUGCCAUUUGUGGGAGGUUUAUAAUAACUGCCAGAGGGAUUCUAAAUCAAACCUGCCUCUACCACCAGGAGGUUAUGGAUUCCCUGUGUUCGGAGAAACUCUCGGAUUCUUAAUUCAGGGCAAAGCAUUUUUUGAUAAAAGACGAGAAAAAUUUGGUACACUAUAUAAAACUCAUUUAUUAGGGAAACCAACUAUUCGUGUCAUUGGUGUACAGAAUGUGAAAAGAAUUUUGGCUGGUGAAAAUGAUCUUGUAACUGCUCAGUGGCCUACAAGUACCAAACUUCUACUUGGGGAUGGAAGUCUGACAGGUUCAGGUGGUAAUAUCCAUAAUCUCAGAAAAAAGGCACUUUUCAAGGCAUUCAGUAAUACAGCAUUAGAGGAAUACACUAAAGUCGUUCAAAGUAUAACCAAAGACUGUAUUGAACACUGGUGUACAAAAAAAAACAUCCUUGCACAUCAAGAAUCCAAAAGUCUGACAUUUGAGAUAGCAUGCAGAGUACUUCUUGGUAUAAAAAUGAACAAAGUCGAAAAAACAGAGUUAUUAGGUCAUUUUGAUACCUUCCUAUCAAAUUUGUUUAGUUUACCAAUGCAGAUUCCUGGACUGGGACUUUACAAGGGUCUUAAAGCAAGAACUGUUUUGUUAAAUAAAAUAGGAGAAUGUAUUCAAAAGAAAGAAAAACGUGGCUCUUGUGAUGCCUUCCAAGAUGCUCUUAGUCUUCUGAUGGAUAUGUCAGGUACAGGAAGACUUUCAGUGACAGAAAUUAAAGAUGUAGGGCUGGAACUUCUGUUUGCUGGUCAUGAAACUACAGCAAGCGCAACAGUAACUAUAAUUCUGCAGUUGACCAAAAACAAAGAUGUUGUUAGCAAAAUCGAGGAAGAACUGAAAUCUUUUGGACUCAGUCAAAGUAAUUAUGGCGAUCUAAACUUUGAAAUUUUAAACAAAAUGAAAUAUUUAAGCAACGUUGUGAAGGAAGCUAUCCGAAUUACACCACCUAUUGGAGGAGGUUACAGAAAGGUCCUUAAAACAUUUGAAAUCGACGGAUACCAAAUUCCAGAAGGUUGGACAGUUGCUUAUAGCAUAAGAGACACGCAUGAACUUGGUAACGAAUUGGUUUUAAAUCCAGAUAAAUUCGAACCCGAUCGCUGGGAUUCUUUGCAAAGACGAGACAAUGAACAUUUUCUGGCAUUUGGUGGUGGUAGAAGAGGUUGCGCAGGGAAACAAUUCGCGUUACUUAUACUGAAAAUUUUUGCUCUUGAAAUUGUGCGAUCAUGUCAAUGGACAAUAUCGAAUAUUAAUCCCAAGAUGAAAAUAAUACCAGUUCCUCAUCCCGCUGAUGAUUUACCAGCAAAAUUUACAAGAAAAGACUAGAAUUGCAAAUACAUAAGUCAAUAACCCGGUGUUUUAAGAAAUCCAAAUGACAAUGCGCUCAAGUUUGUGUUUGUUAUCUCAGGGAUAUGUAUUUAUUUAUUAUUUUUGUAUGAAGGCCUGCAUACAUGUAGUUUGUACACGUUUAUUACAUGUAUGAUGUAACUUAUUUGAUUUUUGUAAAUAAAUGAAAAAUGCCUUGUAAAAUGUGAAAUGAAUCAGUUUUUUCAUUAUUAAGCUGUAAUGCAUGCAUCAUCAUAUUUAUUUAUUUGUUUGUUUGUUUAUAAGAUAAAAACCUUGCGGCUGUUUGUAAACAUCGGAUGUAUUUUCAAAUGAUUGAUAGUAUUUGAAUUUACCAAAGAUCCUCUGAAAGCAUCUGAUAGAGACAGGUGUGUUGGUAUUUUUGUCGCUUUCCAGACGUUAUCCAGUGUUAGUUCAUGUUGGAGGCUUAUCUAAAAAUGGCUCCGAACGCAUAAUUAUGUGUAAUGUUUGAUUUAAAUUCCGGUCCCUUAAAGUUAAGAUGACAGACGAUUAAGACUCCUUUUGUUCUCAUAUCUCUCUGUAUACUAAUGUAAAACUCUUUUUUCCACAAUCAGUAAUGCAAGAAAGAUACUUUUAUUAAUAUUCAGUAACAUUAAGAACACGUUCUUUAUGAAUUGUAAAAGAAAAGACGAGGAUAAUUCUUCUGUUGCUGAGCUUAUUUUGUUGUUUUUAACUGAAUUUAAUUGUAAAUGCAUUUCUUAAGAUACUAGUUAUAAUUUUUUUUAUUGUGAUAAAGUAAAAGAAAUCGAUGUGUGUAAUGAACAAAAUGGUAUUGCUUUUUUAUCACUAUAACAAGUUUUCCUGUCCUCAGCGUUAAGGUAUAUUUGUAUUUAUCUUGAAAGGAAAAUCACAGACUGCAUGUGUAAGAACACAGCUUAGAAUAUAAGGAAGCUAUAUACCAACGAUAAUUUCUCGAUUUCUCGAUUUUUCUAUCUUAAAAAUUUCAUGACGAAUGUUUAUUGAGUGGGGUUAUUCUCCGGACACAAAGUCGGGACAUAUUACAUAAGUUAUUUUCAAUUACUGUAAACAAUUUGUAAUGUUAUGUAACAGUUUGUCACCUAAGGGUGACGUACACAAACUUAUGGUAGAGCCACUAUAUGAAAUCGUGAUUUUAAUCAUGAUGAAAUUUGGGGAGUGUGAUUUCAUUCUAUUUACACAUGCAACUUUCGUGAUUUAUAACUAAAAAUCCCGUGUGUUUUUAGUUUUAAGAUAAUUUUCUAUGGCGCCGCAGAAUGGUUGUUGAAACUAAGUCGUUUUUAGAAGAGAAAAGUUAAACUGCCAUAAAGAAAUAUUUGAAUUCAGCAAAAACAUCCUUGGUAAUGACUGACUUUUUCAAAUUAUAUUUGAAUCUUUUCUGUUUACAGCUUCCGAUAACUAUAGCAGUUUGUCAUUAUGUAAUCGUAUUUCCCGUAACACUAAUAACAGAAAAAUAUGACAUUUCUGUGUUACAAAUAAAGCCGAACGAGUAUAGCGAUAUUUUAUUUUUUUUUAUCAAAAAUUAUAUGUUCAAUACCCAUACCUUAUGAUUGUAUCUGUUUUACACAAUGUGAAUAAAAUUUUAUAAUAAACGUAUUGAACAAACUA